AAUGAGUAAAUAAUUAAGUAGCUUAACAGUGUGUGUUGCUUUACAGAAAGGUGUCACAAAAAAUAAGUGGAAUAUUUACCUUUGUGUCCUGUGUUGUUCACCUACAGACUUAAAUGUGAAAGAGAAAAUCAAACAUCCAGUACUUAAAAGUCCUGCUUUUGUCAUGUGAAUGUGUAUUCGCAAAACAAAGAAUUUGUUAGUUCCUGAACGCUGACACUGACAGCAUCUGCUGUGGAACAACAACACUGUCAAUAAACUAUGACUCAAGUCUGAACCUCUGGACAUUUCGUUCUCUGUGCACGUGUCGUCAGGUUUGUGUUUUCUAUACAUACAUAUACAUAUAAAAUAUACACACACACACAUAUAUACAUAUAUAUUCGCGCAUGGUAAAGUUUCAUGCGUUUCACGAUUUGCCCACUUGGCGCCAAGUGCCCCUUUUUUGGCGCAAAAACGCCACACGCCGCACGUCCACUAAUUUCAAACGAAACAGCGCGGGAAGCGCUCGAGCGCGUGCGCGCGCCUUCCCCGACUCCUCAUUGGCGCACACCUCACAGAGCGCGAGGACGGCGGUGGAAGUCGUGCGCUUCUCAAGCUCAGCCCGUGCAAUUUGCAGCGGGCAGGCGUCGGAGCCAGUCGUCGCCGAGCCGAUACUUCUUAGCAGCUUAAACACUGCUUAGGAUCCAUAAAAACGCAAUGCCCGCUACUUCUGAAAUCCACCACGCGGACGAGACAUGCACGCCGAAGAAGACCGCCGAGGACGCGCGGGCACAGAGCUGCGCGCUCUCCCAGUUCUGCGACGAGCGCGGCUACUUGGAUGCGGUGGCGCGCAUUCUGCAGCACGGGGCUCGCCGGGAGGACCGAACCGGCACCGGGACAGUGUCGGUGUUCGGCCUACAAGCCAGGUACAGCCUCCGAGAUCAGUUUCCCCUCCUGACUACGAAACGAGUCUUCUGGAAAGGCAUCUUGGAGGAGCUGCUCUGGUUUAUCAAGGGCUCCACCAAUGCCAAGGAGCUUUCUGAGAAGGGCGUCAAGAUCUGGGAUGCCAAUGGGUCUCGUGAAUUCCUGGACAAGAAUGGGUUCACGUCCAGAGAGGAGGGUGACCUGGGGCCUGUCUACGGUUUCCAGUGGCGCCACUUUGGAGCAGAAUACAAAGACAUGCACACAGAUUACUCGGGACAAGGAGUGGAUCAGCUACAGAACGUCAUCGACACCAUAAAGUCAAACCCGAAUGACCGCAGGAUUAUCAUGUGUGCCUGGAACCCAAAAGACCUUCCCCUGAUGGCUUUGCCCCCCUGCCACGCUCUGUGCCAGUUCUACGUGAGCGACGGGGAGCUGUCCUGCCAGCUGUACCAGCGGUCGGCAGACAUGGGCCUCGGCGUACCCUUCAACAUCGCCAGCUACGCCCUGCUCACCUACAUGAUUGCCCACAUUGCAGGGCUGAAGCCCGGCGAGUUUGUGCACACUCUGGGUGACGCCCACAUCUAUGUCAACCACAUUGAGGCCCUCAAGGUGCAGCUGGAGAGGGAGCCGCGACCUUUCCCCAAACUGCGGAUCCUGCGCAAGGUCGAGCGCGUCGAUGAUUUCCGUGCCGAAGACUUCGAAAUCUGCGACUACAACCCUCACCCUACCAUUAAAAUGCAGAUGGCUGUCUGAAGUUUUUUUUUUUUUUUUCCCCCCAGAAAAAAUAUGUAAAUAGUCCUGUAUGUGUAUUUUUCAUUUGUAAUAAAAUAGAAUAAUAGAAAAGUAUGACUUGUGGAAGUAAUAAAUUACACCCACCCCUCACAUAACAGGAUCCUGUACAGUGAGAAACUGCAAUAACAGCCUGUGAAAAUA